AUGCAUUAUUAUACUCCAAAGUUUUUCAUACACAAUUAACACAACCACCUCAAUUCUCUAGUACUAUGUCUUUCAGUUUCAACAACCACUUUUCCAACAAUAACAAUAAUAAUACCACCUUAGAUAUUGCUAAACUUGCAACCUCUUCUGGUCAAUUCAAAAGUGAUUAUGAUGAUGAUCAUUUUGGAUUUGAUGAAGUAGUUUACUCUUCUUAUUCUGAUUUUCCACCUGGUUUCAGCCCACCAGAGUUACUCAAUUCACCUUUCUUUCUUUCUUCUCCUAAUUCUAACAUUCCUUCAUCUUAUACAACUGAACCUUCUUCUGGCCAAAGCAUCAACAACAAGAGAAACAUUGGAACUGAGGACCAACAACAUAGUACGAAAUUAGAUGAGACAGAAUUGUCUGACCUCUCUUUCCAAAACCAAAAACAGAACGUGCAUGAUCUCUUCCAAUCUUCCACAACCAUGUUUCAAGUGGAGCCUCUAAAGAAACAAGACACAUUGAUAUUCAAUGAAACUACAAACCAAACCAAUUUUCCUCUUGAAAGGACAACAAAACAUGAAGCACAAAAUAAUUAUUCAGCUCAUAAUGCUUCUAUGUCUAUUAAAGAACAAAGAAGAUCAGAAGAAGAUGGAUACAAGUGGAGAAAAUAUGGAGAAAAACAAGUGAAAGGGAGUGAAAAUCCAAGAAGCUAUUACAAGUGCACUCAUUUUAGUUGCUUGAUGAAGAAGAAAGUUGAAAGGUCUUUGGAAGGACAUGUUACUGAAAUAGUAUAUAAAGGAAGUCAUAACCAUCAUAAGCCUCAAUCUAACAAAAGAAAAACAAAUUCAUCAUGCACCAAUUCAAUGAUUUCUGAUCUUUCUUUGGGAGAGGAUAAUGAGUUUGAGCAAACUUCACAAACUAGUUAUUCUGGUCGAGAUUAUGAUGAUUUGGGACUAGAGGCCAAAAGAUGGAAAGGAGAGACUGAAAAUGAUAGCAAUUCAUAUUCCACAGCUGGGACUAGAACUGUUAAGGAACCUAGAGUUGUUGUUCAAACUACAAGUGAAAUUGAUAUACUUGAUGAUGGAUAUAGAUGGAGGAAAUAUGGACAAAAAGUAGUUAAAGGAAAUCCAAAUCCAAGGAGUUACUACAAAUGUGUAAUUCAAGGUUGUCCUGUUAGAAAACAUGUUGAGAGAGCUGCACAUGAUAUGAAAGCAGUAAUCACAACAUAUGAAGGGAAGCAUAACCAUGAUGUACCUAUAGGAAGAGGAAGUGCAAGUUGUACCAUUAACAAAGCUUCUCUUAACAACAACACAUGUAAUGUAACUCCUAUAAGGCCCUCACCAAUGACUAAUUAUUCUAACUCACAAAAUUUCACAAAUUUACUUCAUGAUUCUAAGAUACUACCGACUUCGGGAACUCAACAACAUUUUCAAAUAGACAUGGCACGGAGUUCUAGAAGUUUUUUGGAUUGGUCAAUUGGUUCAAAUGUCAGUUCUGAACGGUACUCAGAUGAUGCAUACUCAGUUAAAGAUGACUCGCUCGUUCAGUCUUUUCUAUCAACGAACAUCUAAUUUAGAAUUAGAAUAUUAGACACCAACUUGAAUCCUCUGUAGUUGUUCAGUCGGUGCAGACAAUACUCAAUCAUUAGAUUUGAAAUGAAACUUAAUCCAACGGUCGAAAUUUUGCUACAAUGACUAGAUAUGGCUGCAGAGGAUCUAUGUUCUGUUUAUUAUUGAUAUGUUUUUGUACUACAUAUGAAUUGUAGUCUAGUUAUAAUAUCAAAAUAGAAUAAGAUGUGACUAUAGACAUCUAUUAAUUUAACUCCUAUUAAGCAUUGACAAAGACAUAGACACGACACUGACAUUGAUACGCUGACAUAAGUAAUAAUUCAAGAAAAUAAAAGUGAUUAGUUGUAGUUACAUAUGUAAGACACUACACCUAUUUGACUACAGACACACUUUGAAUCUUGAGUGUUUGUGACUACAUAGAUUAGCACACUAAGAUUAGAGCCUAGAAAUAGAACUGCAUCAACUUAAAGCUUGACAAGAGUUGGGACCAACUUCAAGUUUCAUUUUGGGAAUAACAGAUGCAGAAACAUUUUGGCUGAUUAAUUCUAUAAUUAGUUUGUUGUAUUUGUUUAGCACGAAAUAAAAUAUUUCUUUUGAUUA